UUCAUUUCAUAAAAAAAUCAUUCAUUUUCAUCAGAUUCAAACCAUUUGUAACUUAAUUAGAACUCCGAUCUCACAAAAUUAAUAAGAUGUGUUUCGCCAAAUUUUAAAAGAAAACUUAGAAAAAACAAACUCAACUCAUUUUAUGCUCCAUUAAUAAAAAAUAAUCCAUAUGGAUAAUGAAAAUAUUGCAUGUACGGCUAUGGAUACCUGUGGCAAUGGAGUGGAAACCAGAAACAAAACAAAUCAAAAGGAGCAUUGCGACCUAACGACAUGCGGAAAAUUGGUAUCUCCAAAACUACACGGCUCGAAAUGGUGUCCUAUAAGCGAUCCCACUCCAAGUACCUGUGCAUUUCUACUGAAAGUCAAAAACUGUUGUAACACGAGAAGUUGCCAGUUGGCAGCUAAAAUUUGCGACCUCUACGCACCUCUUUACGAAAUCGAAGAACCGUUUUCUAGAGGGGACCCAAAAUACCAUUAUCUGUUAAGAGAUGCAGACAUACAAGCUACGCCAUCAGAAGCAGCUCUAGAAGUAGAACCCAUUAUAGAAGAAAAACCUCCUCAACCGAUCAUAACCAAUGAAGAACCCCCAUCGGAACCAAUCAUGAAAGAAGAAGAAGAAAUAGUUGAAGAACUUGUUAAAGUUGUAGAGGCUGAUGUAGAACCGCCACCGUUGCAGAAAAUAUCAGAAGAGCAUCUGCCAGGCCUCUCAGCAUCAGUUGUUGAAAAUGUGCAAGUACCAUUAGAUGAGGAUUUCAAUUUUGCACAAUCCAGGAAUACAAGAACCAGCGUAGUGAGCUGGGAUGUGAGAGCAAGUAAAGCAAUUAAACCAAAUGAUAGUCACGAACAAAUUAUAAAAGCUAUAAACCGUGCGAAAGAAGAAGCGAACCAGUUCCGGAUGCGAGGAGCCGAUCACGCCGUGGCUUUCCGUAAAAAUUUAUUCGCCCAACCCAAAGAAUCCAAGGAACAGAUUCCCUCCGAAGAAGUGUCCGAGGAAUUUACAAGCUCACAAUUGGAAUCUGUUUGUGUCCACGAUAGCAGUCACAAUCCAAAGUGUUGUGCCGGUUUUAGGAGAAAAUCUAGGAAAAAGAAAAAGCACGAUCAGGAAUUUUGUCGUGAGCGUGACGACGGUAGUGUAAUUUGGCCAGCUUCCGAAGAUCCGGAAAAGAGAAAAUCUAAAUUGAGCAAUACGCCCGUUCACGAAAAAAAGCAGAGGAUUAAUAAAAUGCUUAGUAAAAUGUAAAUAUGGAUUUGGUUGGAUUUAGUAAAU